CACAUCCACUAAAUUCAUUGCCUCAACAUCUCUCCCUAACACACACACACAAACUCUCUCUCUUUCUCGCUCUCAUACAAUAUUGUAGGCCAAAUCCCAAGGGAAAAUCGUAGCAACACCAUGUUCAAGCAGUUCCACGAUCACCUAGGUAAUAAAGAUAGAGAUGAUGAAUAUGUUGAAGAAGCUCUUUCCGAUGAAUCAGAGAGUACUUUUAGCCUCAACCUCAGUGCAUGCCAAGAAGGUGGUGAUGAUCAUGGCAUGGAUGCAAACAAGUUCUCAACUUUUGAGCUCAACCCCACCGAGCUGGCUCCAAUCAUUGAUCGAUUUCGAUACUCUUUUUUCAUCUAUGUACAUGGCAAAAAGAUCAAGUAUCACAACCUCUACACACGCCUUGCUCGCCUAUUGUCUCCUUUUGGACCUUACCAGCUCAAUGAUCUUGGUCUUGGUUUCUUCUUGUUGAAUGUUUCAGAGCUUUCAGACUAUUCCAUGGUACUUUCCAAGCACCCUUUUUCGAUCCCAAAUUACUGUGUAACUCUUUUGAAUUGGGUUCCAAACUUCAAGCCUUCAGAGACCAAUAUGAAACAUGUAGACGUUUGGAUUAAGUUGCCAGAACUUCCAAUAGAAUACUAUGAUUUUCUGUCCAGAAUUGCAGUAUGUAUCGGUAUUAGACUUCUCAAAAUUGACCCCAACACUGAAAAAAGGAAGACAUGUAAGUUUGCAAGGUUUUGUGUAACACUUGAUCUAAACCGUCCACUUCAUGAUCAUAUAAAGAUUGGUGUGAAACUGCAAGCAAUCGUGUAUGAGGGACUCGAUUUGGAUAUGGUGUGUUCUAUGUGUAGGCGUUAUGGGCAUCUACAGAAGAAUUGUCCUUGCUACUCUUCUUCUAAUUACAUCAGUACUACCUGUUCUCAACUAUCUGAACCUCAAAGCAAUCUUCAGCAAAAUGAUGAACUCAAGCCUCCAAAGGCCAAUGUUUCUGUGAAUAGAAAAUCGAACUUCAGAUUGAUGCAAAGACAGAAUCCCCUACCUAGAGAAGGUACAUCCUUGUCUCCAAUGGAAGAAGGAACACUAAUCCAUCCUCGUGAGGACAUACCAUCACAUUCUAUGACAAAGUCAUUGAACUCUCAAGAUGAAGCUCCCAUCAGCCGAGUGGAAAAAACAUUAAAACCAGAAGGGUUACCUGAAUUCUCAAUUGCAUCUUCAUCCAACACAUUGCCUCAGAAUUCAAAUACAAAGGUCGAUAAAGCAUGCCACACCAUACCAACACCACCACAAGGGAACCACCCACAGAUCUCAUUCUCGGCGACUAACUCUCCUCGGCCUUCUCCAAUGGUCAUUCCAAGCUUCCAGUUAUACUCCACAGCAAUACGUAAGGCAAUAUUACACAAAGAGAUAAGCAACAAAACAAUAACAAAAGUAAGCACCGAAAUUCUUCCUACUCUUUACAACAUCAAAUCAAUGGUUGCAAGUUUUGACAUUGUUGUCGCGCCUAAUGGGAUGAUAAACCAACGUAAAAUGAGCUUUCUGCCAAGAGUUAGCGAUGUCAUGACCAACUGUUAUCAUUUGCAGAAACUACUAUGCUGGAAGUAUAAUGGCUUAGAUAACAUAAUGCUCAUCCAAACAAUGAAAUAUCUUAAGCAACUUGAAAACCCCUCCAUUGUACUGCUUUUCGGAAUAAGAAGUAGUGGUGAUGAUGCAGUUCAAGCUAUCAAGGAAAUUGGAUUCUCUAGUUCAUAUCGCAUAGACCCGGUUUUGCUUGACGAUGGAGUAUGGCUGUUAUGGAACAAGGAAGAUGUGACAAUUGAAGUAUGUAGAUACACCUCAAACAAUAUUUAUGCAAUAGUACAUUUCACUCCUUAACCAAGCAAUUAUGCUAUGCGCUACGGCCAAAUCUUCCCAGUCACAUGCCCCAAAUGCAAUAUGAUAGUCAACCAGUCUCUCUAUGAUGGGGCACAAAUGUUUUAUACACAUUGGGAGACCUGUUCAUAAGACUUUUCUAUGUAUAUCUGAUCUGACUAGAGGUAAUUUGAAGAAAGAUCAACCUACUCUCAAACUUUCAAAAUAUUGAAUAGUGUUUAUUGCACACACUUGCGCAUAUUUAAAAAAGUAACUGUGAUCAUAAUUUGAAGUCAAAGUUUAUUUCUUUUCCAGUAGUGUAUAAAAGUGCGUAUAUUAUUAUGUGUGCAACAAUGUUUAUCCCAAAACAUUUUUAUACACCUUGAAAAUCUUGUUCAUAAAACUUGACAUUUUCUAUCGCUUUUAGUCCUCCUUGACAGUUUAUCUACUUUUGUAUAUAACAUUGUACUUAUAGCAUUCUAGGCUUUUCAAUGAUUUAGAAUUGAAUGAUAUCCAAAGCUUGAUCUGAUUUAAGCUUUUUCA